AUGAUAAACGUCCGACGACUGUCCCUCAUUCUCGUGUGUUUCGAUUUCUUGAUGAUCUUCGCAAACGAGACAUCGAUAGACGCAUCCAGGACGCUAUCCAGGCGAAAGAGGUACUUGAUCUUCCCGGAAGGCAGCAACGUUCAGCUGGUGUUUUGCCUGACGGUCGGAACGUACGCCAGAGAGAACGACGUGGUGAUGGGCAUGACGGCCGCUUUGGCCUGGGAGCUGCCGAGCAAAGUCGACAACAAAAUAUCGGAAUUGCUUCAUCGCAAGAGCAGGAGCACGGUGUACCCGAAAAUAGAAGCCCUGCUGCAGUCCACCGGCCUGGACGGCAGAGCUUGCGUGAUGAGGGCGCUAUGCGAGACGGCCCAAAGGGACCCAUCGCUCCUCGGCAAAGGGACUCUGGUGCAGGAGCUGCUGCACGCGAUUUUCACGCUGCCCAAGGACGGCGGAAGAUUCGAGCGAGAGGAAGACCAGGCGUACGAAGACGCGUACAGGGUCACCGAAAAUUGCGAGCGACUAUAUCCCGGCUGCCGGCACUCCAUUUACGAGCUGGAGUUCUGA